AUGCUCAUGGUUCGCAAGACCUUCUUCUCACUUGCCUUUUGUGAGUGUUGUCGCCGUUUAUUAUGGCAUGGUUUUAGAUGUCAAACCUGUAACUUUCGUUUCCAUCAGAGAUGUGCUAGCCUUGUGCCCAGCUUAUGUUCACCUUUGAAUGUUGACUCUUCAAACUACUAUGGGCAUCUUUUAGCACUAAAUAAUACAAAUUACUACAAGGCAUCCUCCAAUCCUUCAAGUGGACCUUACUUUCAACCACCCAGUCAAGUUUCCCAACAUGGAGUUUCAUCAUCAUCUUCAUCUGCAUCAGAAUAUCAACCACCAUUUAAUCAAAUUCGGGAAUCUAUGAAUGGAUCGACUCGGCGUAAAGCACAAACAUCAGGAUUCUCACAAAGAGAAAGAUCUACGUCUGCUCCUAAUGUUUAUUGUGUUAACCAAAAUAAUCAAAGUUUUUCGGAAGAGUUUCACAAAUAUCCAACAUCAUCAUCGGGUUACAAUAGUAUUUACACUAAUAACAGUGAAGCGGCAUACAAUGCAACAAGUCCUACGAGAACUCAAAGUGCUGAAGGUUCACCCACUAACACACGGAUCGGAGAUCAACAAUGGCUUCCUAGAGCACGAUACUGAAGAAAAUUUACAUAGCAUUUAAGGCAAAUUAAACUAUUAUACACUAUAUUUCAGCAGUUUGGUCUGCAUCUUCGUUUUAAGAUUUUCAUAUAAGAAAUUGUAGAAAAUCCAAAU